GUGGUGUUAAAUAGGCAAUUUCUUAAGACGAAUAUUUGCACAUCUUGCAAGGCCAGCCAUUUUGUAAUAUAACGAGUGAGCUGCUUAAAGAAACACGAGAGCACCAAUGGAAUGCAUCCCCAUGCUUGCUUUCUGCUUCAUUUCAUUUCUGAUUGUAAGAGUAGCCACCCCUACUGACACCAUGCACACAACUCAGCCAAUUAGAGAUGGAGAUAGCAUAGUUUCAGCUGGUGGGACCUAUAAAUUAGGAUUUUUCAGCCCGGGGAAAUCCAGAAACCGAUACUUGGGGAUAUGGUAUGGUAAAAUAUCGGCCCUGACGCCAGUUUGGGUUGCCAACAGAGAAACUCCACUUAACGAUUCAUCAGGAGUUGUAAGGCUUACCAACCAGGGACUUCUUGUCCUUCUCAAUCGUAGUGGAAGCAUCAUUUGGUCUUCCAACACAUCAGCACCUGCUGGGAAUCCAGUUGCAAAGCUUUUGGAUUCAGGAAACCUAGUUGUGAAAGAGGAGGGUGAUAAUAACCCGGAAAAUUCCUUGUGGCAGAGUUUUGAACAUCCAGGUAAUACACUAUUACCGGGCUCGAAGCUAGGACGGAAUAGAAUAACUGGCAUGGACUGGCACUUGACAUCAUGGAGGUCACCAGAUGAUCCUUCCAGCGGUAAUAUUUCGAUAAUCCUUAUUCCUUGUGGAUACCCUGAGUAUGCAUGGUUGGAAGAUUCAAAUGUGAAGUAUCGAACUGGACCAUGGAAUGGUCUGGGGUUCAGUGGCUUGCCUCGGUUAAAACCAAAUCCAAUAUACACAUUUGAAUUUGUUUUUAAUGAUAAGGAGAUAUUUUUCAGAGAAACUCUUAUCAAUAACUCAACGCUUUGGAGAGCCGUCGCAAGUCAGAAUGGUGAUUUCUGUAGGAAUUAAAACGAAAAAGUCAACAAAAGUCAACAAAAGUCAACUCAGAUCAACCCAAAACCAUGCACUGUUCAGAUUCAAAUCUGGAAUUUCCAGAAAAAUGAAGAACACGGGAAGAACACUAAAAACUGAGAUUUUGCAUAAAAAUGGGCAGAAUCAAGUUGGUUACUGCCAUCCCUCUUCUUUAUUUAUAGAUAAAAGAAAUUACAAGAGUUUUAGUUGAAACCAA